UAUGGGCCUUUCUAAUAAGCGUCGUGAACUUUGGUCCAAUUGGCGAAUGGAGGCGCAUGCUCAGACUCAACCCUGGAGGCCCUAUCAAAAUAAUACCAACCAAAGUGUCAGUGAUGUAAAAGACGCGACACGCCGCCGGUCACCGGCGAGCGUCCUACAAUGAUUUUCAACAUCACAAAUCUACCCCUCUUUAUUAAAACAUAGUUAUAUAUUAAUCACAAUUUAAUAAUUAAUAGAUUAAUAUUUUCAUGUCAAUUGUUGUUGUGUAUUGUUGUUUGUAAGACUUUGUUGUUUCGGUGUCUACUUAAAUCUGUUAAGCUGCACCAUGCCGGACUGGACGUGGCUGCUGAUGGCGGCUCUGCUCGGCGCGGCGUCUGCUCUGGUCUUGCCGCUAGCUUUGUUGUUCUACUUCGUGAGACCAUUCGAAAAGAAGACGACGGUGGAAGAUCAGAGCUUCUUGCCAGUUACGCUGCCACCGGAGAUUUUGAACGAACUAACACGAGGAGCCGGCUGCACGCCAGAGGGCGCCCUCAACGCGAUGCUGCAGUUCAUAUUCCAACAAAGUACUGCAGACACCCGCUGGCUUCGGAGAAGGAUGGCUACGGAACUAGCCGAGCUGCUGGCCAAGACUUCAUCGGGAAAGAUCUUCGAAUCUCUAACGCUCCGUUCCUUGGAAGUAGGCACGGAGUUCCCCACCAUCACCAACAUCAGACUCCUCAACGGCGAGAUGGAAGACGACGGCGCCAGACUGCGGUCACUCGACCUGAACUUCGAUAUAGCAUACGAUGGCAACUUCAGGAUUGACGUCGAUGCCGUCAUGCUGCUAGGGAAGAUCGCUAAUAUAUCUAUCACUGUGGAAAGCAUCAGCGGGAACGUACGCGUGAUGUUUCGGCGCACGCCGUACACUCACUGGGCGCUCGCAUUCGAGAGCCAGCCCAAGCUGGAGCUGAGGGUCCGCGGACGCUUCCAGGGCAGGCAGCUGAAGCCCAGGCUGGCGUCACUGGUGGCUGCCCAUAUCAGGCGGGCAGUCGCACAGAGGCACACCCUACCGAAUUAUAAAAUAAGAUACAAGCCAUUCUUCCCGAAAUCAGAGCCAGGUAGUGCUGAGACGGAAGACGGACCGACUCCUCAAGGUCGUCUGACAGUCAGGCUGGUGGAAGUGACACGUCUGCAGUGGUCGGGAGGGAAUGGCACUGUUCGAGCUGCCUUGGCUGUGGACUCGCAUGGAUGGGUAUCUCUUCGUCGUGGUGUCCUAGUCCUAGACAUAGUAUUGGCAGCAGUAUCAGGGCCACUCGGACUGGUCUGCUGUCAAGGAGUGGGAAUAGUUCUGGUAGAUACAGUGGUACCGAUGUCUCCCGCUUAUAGAGCUGAUCUUAGAAGAGACGACGUUGUACUAGCUAUUGAUAACAAACCAGUGAAUAAUGUAGCUCAGGUAGGAAAGCUGCUGAAAUGUGUUGAACGUCGAUCAGUAACAGUACGAGUACGACGUGGCGGCACCAUUUGUGGGGGAGUCAGGAGAGAAGAGGGACUGACUGUGGGGGCGGGGGCGGGGGACACCAAGCGUGGGAUGAGGACCAAUUUUACCUUCAGAAGAGUAUCAGAGGUCAUGGAGGGAGUAAGGCUUCAGGGCAUGCGAGCUACUACAUCUAAAGCCAAUAUGCAAGAAUCAGAUUCCCCUUCAAGAACUUCAGAAACACAGAACGAGAUUGAAUCUCAACCAAAACAAAAGGCAGAACCCGUUCGACAACUCUCCAAGGGUCCCGAGCCUGGACCUGGGAACUUUGGCUUGAGAAAACGCAGAUGUUCAGUAGAAAACAAGUCUUCCGAUAGCUCUGCUGGUAGCACACCACCUGCUUCUGGCGCAAGCACACCUCUCAGACAAGCUAAUGUAGUGAACAAAACUGUUAAACAUCCAGAUAUCCCCAUAAUAAGGACUGACUCUUCAGAAUGCAAGGUAACAGAAAAAGUGGAAGCCUUAGACGAAGAAGACCAGCUGUUUGAAACUGGAGGCCCGAGACAGAGCGAACAUGUAGAAAUAUGUCAAAUGUUUUGGACUAAGAGUAUACUCUUAAAACCAAUAAUACCAUUUGACGAAGAAACCGAAUUUAAACUGAAUGAGAAUCAUAAGUAUUUAAACAUAAAUAUUUGGGCUACCGUACCUGGAGAGAAGGAUGAAAUAUUGCUAGGUUAUUUAAAUAUACCUUUAGCAGCUCUUUUAGCUGAAUGCCAAGAUUCAACUGUACCACAUCAUAUGAAAAGAUAUCAAUUUUUGCCACCUGAUGUUGAUAUUAAAUUUAGCAAAAGCCACAAACUAUCGUCGCACCCAGGCUUCGAGCCGUGCCUCUGCUUCGGCGACGCGCUGGUGUGGUGGGAGUGGGAGGGCGCGGGCAGCAGCCGCUCGACCAGUCGACCCUCCAAGGAGCCCUCGGCCCUUAAACCUCCCAAACCCACCCGCGCCGCGCAUGACUUCGUCCGGACGCAUUUCCACAGGUCUACGCAGUGCGACUUCUGUAAUAAAAAGAUUUGGCUGAAAGACGCAAUGCAAUGUCGGAACUGCGGCCUCUGCUGUCAUAAAAAGUGUGUAGCCAAGUGCCAAGAGUCCUCAGCCUGUAUCCCUAAACAGGACCAAGAUACAUCCGGACUGAAUUGUCCUCCACCUGAGCUAAUAAUGACGGAAGCUGACGCCGUCGACCCUGACUCCGAAGACGAGCCUGAGAGAAAAGACUCUUUGGAUGUGCAUGAGGAAGGCGGUGGAACGAUGAGCGCGCUAGUAGCAGGGCUCCGGCGCGCCGGGUCCGCCCACUCUCUCUCGGCGCCGAAAACCUGCGCCUCCUCGCGCUCCCUGCCGCCCUCACCCAGCCACACACCCAGUUCUUCUAACGCAAAGGAAGCAGUCUCUCGAGCCAGUGGGCAACCCGUUCGGCGGCUGCGGCGCGACGUGGCUGCAGAGGGGCGACGUGAGCGCCUUGUUGCAGCCGGCGCUGAGGAGCGCACUCCCACCGGACGCGCUGCUAGCGGCCGCGCGAGACUGCGCCCCUGAGCUGGCGGCCAGGCUCACAGCGCAACAGAUACACGAGAUGCUCCAAGCGGUCCGCGAGGAGCUAUCAGCGGAUGAUGCGGGCGCGGGGGGUGAGGAAGAGGGAGAGAGUCGAGCAUGCGCACUCACCGCCCUCAUGCUGCACUGCUGCGCGGCCGCACAGAUGGCGCAGCAACGCGCUGACGCCGCGCCCACUUGAUGUUAUUAAAUUAUUAUUCAUUGUCA